AUGGAGAACACAAACAACAAUAAUAAUCAAGUGUUCAUCAGCUUCCGAGGAAAAGACGAGCGGUACAGAUUGUUGACCCAUCUCAAACAGAAAAUAAUAGAUGGCAACGUCAAUGUGUUCACUGACGACAACGGCACUGGAAACCCGCUCAAUAAUCUCUUCGAACAGAUCCGAAACUCACGGAUUGCGAUUGUGAUCUUCUCGAAGAACUACGCGGACGUUAAGAAACAGAGUGGAAAGUUUGGGAGAAAGUUUAAGACUUUGCAAGACUCUUUGCUUGGUAAAGCACUCGAUAAGAAGACGAGGAAGCGUGUUAAUUCCAGGAUAAAGAGAUGGAAGAAAGCUUUUAAAGUCGUCACUGGAAUGAUUGGAUUGAGUUAUAACAGGAAUAGUUCGGAGUUUGAUUUUGUGAUGAAAGUCGUCGAAAAGGUUAAGCUAAUAUUAGCCAAAAUUGAAGCAGAGGAAAGGCGUAAUUUUACCCAAGAAACUACUAAGGUCCAUUCUUCAAAGAUACUGGAAGCUCUGAGUCUGGCAGGACCGAAUCGUGAAGGAUACAUCAUGACUAUAUAUUUGAAGCCUUUGUCUCCUAAUCUUUCUUCCUACAUCGAAGAACCAUCAGGGCACACGACCUUAGAUCCCAAGGUGCCUCAAACUGGGCCUCUCCCUGGACAUAGACGCACCGUCUCAUAUUAUAACGAUAGCCAUCAAUAUUACCCUUUGCCUAGUAAGUUCAAAUUGUGA